GACAGCUAUCCGGCGCCGAAACAACGACAGACUCACUCAGACGACAGAGCCAUGGCGGCCACGGGUGGAGGGAAAAUUAGAAGCAGGAGAUGUCAGAUUGCUUCUAAACCUUACGCCAAGAGUAAACAGCAGUCAGGCCUGAUUAGUCGAGUGACGGACACGGUGAAGAGCAUCGUUCCUUCCUGGCUGCAGAAAUACUUUAAGAACGGAGAUGCUCCCGAAGGAGGAGAGGGAGGACAACGGACAGACCAGAGCUGCCUGCUGCCACCUCCUCCUCCUCCUCCUCCUCCAAAUGGUAAUGAAGAAGGACCUCCUUCUUUUGAUGGACGGGAUUCACCAGAGCCAAGCACCAGUAACACAGAACCCUCAACAAGUCGCGCAUCCCUGAACUUUCAGGAGUACGUGCUCUCCCGACCUCCUCUUAGUCGCUCUCACCUCCACUUCAACCCGCUAGAUGUGUCCUCCCCUACUUUUGGAGCCUCCAGCAGCCUCUUCUCCCAACCCUCCACCUCCUCUACCCCCGGCCCUUUUUCCACCGGCUUAUCUUUGGUCAAAGAAAUCAAGGACAACCUCUCGCAACACGAAGAUGAUAACAUCUCCACCACGAGUGGGUUCUCCUCCCGCGCAUCGGACAAGGAUGUCCCCACUACAAAACCUGCAUCGCUUCCUCAGCUUUGGUCCCCAGAGACGGACAGAAGUAUCUCUGCUCCUCAGCCUCCCCAGUCCAGUUUGAAAAAGCCCUCGUUCAACCUGUCUGUCUUUGGAAGCUCCUCUAACUCAACCAUGAACAGCACAAUGUUGAACUCUAGUCAGCUUGGAGAUUCGCCCUUCUACCCUGGGAAAACGACUUAUGGUGGCGCAGCUGCAGUUAGGAGCGCCCGCAACCGUCCUGGAACACCUUAUCAGGCCCCAGUGAGAAGGCAGAUCAAGGCCAAGUCUGCUGGGGCUCAGCCCUGCGGCGUGACCAGUGCCACCGCCAGGCGCAUCCUGCAGUCCUUGGAGCGCAUGUCAAGCCCACUUGCAGAUGCAAAGAGAAUCCCAGCAGCAGCAGCAGCCUCACCCAUCCUCUCACCUUCAGCAGAUGGCACACGUCUGGAUGCAGGAGAUCACCAGUCGAAAAGGAAACGAAUGGAUUCGAAUCUUCCACCAGUGCAGAAGCUCGUGAUUCCAUCAGCAGCUUUUGGUUCAGGAAGUCGCUCCGUGUCUUUCAGGCCCACUUUGACACCCGGUGGACCCGGGAGAACUUCUGACAGAACAGCCACAGAGAAGACCCCUUCGAGACAAUCACAACAACUACCUGAUGCAACCCCAGGCCCGUCUCAAAGCACAAGGAGUUUUAGUGGCCCGGUCCAUCCUCGGUCCAGCACGCCUGCAGCCAUCAGCGUCGGCUGCAGAACGGGCAAAAUGAAAAGAGAAAGAAGCACCGCUCGGCCAUCCACCAAGCGCUCUGAGGAGGACGAGGUUGCUGAGGUACCCGUCCUCCCAAGCGUUUCACUUCCCAUCAACCCAUCGUCUUUGCCUACGUUCAGCUUCUCCACUCUGCCGCCUUUCACGUCCUCCGCAUCUACUAGCUCCGCCCCCGAGAUCACAGCUGUCACUCCUACUAAGGAAGCAGCCACAAAUAAGGAUCCACCGAAGGCGUCGACACCGCCCUGCGCACCGUUCACCUUUUCCUCCCCCAUUGUCAAAGCAACUGCUGCCAGCCCACCUUCUUAUUCCCCCUCCACCGGAUUUACUUUCAGCGCACCUGUAGCGAAGUUGGCUCCCUCUCUGUCCAUGUCCAAUGGAAAUCUCGCCACACCCUCGGCACGACCAGUGAAGUCAGUCGGAAGCAAGAGCACAGAAGAGUUUGAAGGACCUUUUAAACCAGCCAAGACGCUGAAGCAGGCCAGUGUGUUGGACCUCCUGAAGUCCCCUGGUUUUGCUUCUCCCGUUGCUCCGAACUCCUCAGACCCAAACGUUGCUCCACAGCAAACACCGACGCCCCCCGCAGCACCCGUCUCAACGGCCACAACCUCCUCCUCCUCCUCCUCCCUGCCUGCUCCUACAGAGUUUGUUAGUUUACCGAAGGCCCCUGCGGGUUGGAGCUGUGACGAAUGCUUGGUUCAGAACAAGAAGUCGGACACAAAAUGUGUUUGCUGUGCGGCUUCAAAACCAAACAAUUCACCUAAAUCCACGGAGGGCAAACCGUCAAACGACAGUGCUGUGGGGCUGGAGAGCAUCAGCACGAGCGCCGCUGUGACCACGACGGGGUUCAGUCCCAUCUUUUCUAAGCCUGCAGGAACCUGGGAAUGCGAUACGUGCAUGAUCUCAAACAAACCAGAUGUGGUGAAGUGUGUGGCCUGUGAAACGGCCAAACCCGGGACGGGGCUCAAACCCUCUCUCACCUUUUCUUCUGCCUUCUCAACUGUUAAGACUGCACCCGCUCCCACAACCCCCAUUUCCACAGGCAUCAGUGGAUUUGGAGAUAUAUUCCAAAAACCCGAGGGCUCGUGGGAAUGCCAAACGUGUUUGGUACAAAACAAGGCGGAGGACACUAAAUGCGUGGCUUGCAAAGAAGCUAAACCGGGAGCUACAGCGGAGGCUGCCUCAUCAACCAGCAGCGCCCCAGUGUUUGGAUUUGGAGACAAGUUCAAGAAACCAGAGGGAUCCUGGGACUGUGACGUUUGUCUGGUGCAGAAUAAAGCUGCAGAUGUGAAGUGUGUUGCCUGUCAGACGGCCAAACCUGGAGCUAAGGUGGAGCCUAAAGCCUUUGGCUCCUCUGUUGGUGGGACUACUGGAGCGUCCAUUUUUGGCUCUUCUACCUCCGGAGGUGUCAAGUUUGGCGCGUCAGACAGCUCAUCUGUAACCGGGGGUUUCAAGUUCGGCACUUCCGACUCGUUGUCGACUUCGUCCGGUGGAUUUAAGUUUGAAGCCUCGUUUGGAAGCGCCUCAUCAGAAUCCUCCUCUAAAGACUCGACUGCCUCAUCAUCAGGGUUUAAAUUCGGCAGCCCCUCUGAGGGCUUUAAAUUUGGUGCCGCUGGAGAUGAUAAGAAGUCCGAUCAGCCUUCUGCGGGUUCCGGGAUAAAGUUUGGAGCGUUUGUUCCGGGAUCAUCCGGCAAAGAAAGUAACUCUCCUAAAAGUGGCUUCGCCGGACUGUCGAACGCCGUAGAGAAACCAGCAGAAACCGCCACAGCCUCUUCAGCUUCGCCUGCUGCUGCUUUUGCUCUUUUUCCGUCACAAGAGAAGGGUGACAGUGCAGAACCAUCAAAGGACACCACGCCGACAAACACCACCGCCACCGCCAAAAAAGGGCCUGUGUUUUCCAGGUUGGGCGAUCCGAGUUUGGCGACCAGCUCGACAGAAGUGAGUUCUACGUUUGGUUCGCUGCAGGCAGGAAAGGACACGGCUGCUCCUAUUUUUACCUUUGGAAAACCAGCAGAGAAGAAGGAAGCAUCUGCCUCCCCGGCUACGUCCACCUUCCUGUUUGGUGGUGUUGGUAAGGACUCAGAUCCGGCGCCGGCUGCUACAGGAGGCUUCUCGUUUGGGAAAGUCAGCGCUCCAACAGAACAACCUCCACCAACCUUUACUUUUGGCAAACCAGCAGAAAAGAGCGAGACGUCCGCUUCAGAGACCCCAAAGCCUACGUUCACCUUUGGACAAAGUGCUGCAGAUCCUGCUGCUGCCCCAAAACCAGUGUUUUCCUUCAUGGCUAAGAACAUCGAGAUCAACACCACCAACUCCGCCACCUCCACACCCACUUCUAGUUUGUUUGGCUCCGCCCCCACCACUGCUGGCGGCUCCACGCAGGCUCCAUCCUCCUCAUCGGCGCCCAGCACCUUUGUCUUCGGCCAGCCGCCGGUGACCACCAGUGACGCUCCUCCCACUAAGGCAUUUGUUUUUGGACAGAGUCAGGACAGCCAGUCCUCGGCUCCGUCGAGCGCUCCUCUGAACUCCGCCCCUGCGCAGUCUCAACCCUUCAUAUUUGGAGCUCCUGCUAAUCCUGCUGCUCCCAACUUUUGCUUUGGAGCAACAGCGCCCUCUGCUGCCUCUUCAUCAGCUCCUUCUGCAGCUCCUGCCCCGUUUGUAUUCAGUUCAGACCCUCCUGCUGGAUUUGCAACCACCCAACCAGCAUUUGGAUCUUCUUUUGGAUCCCCUUUCACAGCCACGCCUUCCCAAACUCCAGCCUUUGGAGCCAACGCUGCUCCCGUUUUUGGACAACAGACCAACUCCACGCCUGUUUUCGGGGCCGCUGCUAACUCCACGUCAAGUGGGGGCUUUCAGUUUGGAGGAGCGGGUGGAUUUGGAGCAACAACCAACACCAACUCAGGUGUGUUUACUUUUGGAGCCGGAGCCGCAGCCGCCCCUGCCCCCUCCACCAAUUCCUCCAUCGUUCCCCAGCCGGGAGCAGCUGCUGGUGGCUUCAACUUUUCACAAACUCCAGCCUUUAACAUGGGAUCAACUAAAUCCUUCGCCGCUUCUCCGGCGGCUGGACGCAAGAUCAAGACCGCAGUGAGGCGCAGAAAGUAGACCUGCAUGGCCUUGACCAGACUAGGCAUGAGUACGACUAAACUAGACCCCCCCAACUCACCACAACGCAGACUGUUGUAGUUCUCACAGGUCUCAGCUGGACAAAUUUCACUACUGUUUGGCAAGCAGAGCUGAUCCAGGGCAGUUUUGGCUUGUUCAAAGAUUUUCAUGUGUUAGUGAGAGUUAAUAAUGUGUGAGACCUCUGGACUUUACUUGACUAAACUACUACACGGACUUAGAGGACGACAGUCAAGCAAAGACCCCACUCCCAAACAGAAAACAAGCAAAACAGUCAUAUCUUUGUUUUACACGCCGGCAAAAUGUCUGCUAGACUUUAGGCAUGACUUUUUUUUUGUAAUAAAAGUACAAAAAGAGUAAAAAACUGCAGUUUAAAAAAAGAAAAUAAAGUUUGAGUGUAAGCUUAAUAAUUGGAGUGUGUGAUCAGAUUAGGAGAGCUGUGUGGUAAAUGUUCAGUUGUUCCUGCUGAAGCCUCCACAGGAAGCACCGGACGUGUUGGUGCCGUGUGCCGUUUGUACAGAGACGAGCUUGUCUGAAUGCAGAGUGCGUGUCUUUUCUUUCCUCUUAUGUACAGACUUGAGGUGUGUUUGGCUUCUUUGUACAUGCUGAGGAUGCGUGUCGGUGUGUUAGAAAACUUAAAACGACUGAGUUAUCGCCUGGUGGCGCCGCCGCUGGCGAGGAAGCAAAUGAAUGUUGAAACAAAACCAGGGGAGGAAGGCAGGAGGGGCAGGGUUCGGGAGCUGGGAAGCUGCAUUAAUGCACAGCGGAGGACGGACCGGGCCGGAGGCGCAACGCCCUCGUUUGACCCCUUUAGGACUUUGUAAAUGUGUAGCUUCAAAAAUCCUCGUUAGAUGUUUGAUUUUUCUCUGGUUCGCUCCGCAACUCCGCUUUUUGUGCACUCUCGUCUCUCUCGGUCCCCCCUUCCUCUUCCCGAUUCCUUAUUCUCUCCCUUUAUUUCUCACAACCUCUCCUUUUUCUCUUAAUUGGCCUUUGAAUAUUAUAAAAAACUUGUAAAUAGUGAUAUUUUUUUUAAUCUGUGAAGUUGAGAUUUUUUUUGUGUUACAAACUCUGCAUUCAGCUUUUUUGUCUUUAGAAUUUAUUAUGUAAAUUCCUAUAUUCAAAGUUGCCCAAAUCCAUUUAAAAGGAGCUUAAAUGCAAAUUGGAGAACCUUUAGGUAAAGGUAUAUUGGCUUUUCUGAUCCACUUUUGUUUGGACCAAAACCAGUAUUGUACAAAGUAUUAAGUAUAUAUUUUUCUAUCGCAUGUUUAAAUGGAGGCGGGCGACUUUGGAUGAUAGGGACGUCAGUUUAUUUUAAAGCCAUGAUUAUUACUGGAUGAGUGAUAAAAUUACCAUCAAUAAAACUACAAAAUGAUA